AACCAUAUCGAUCCGAGUAUACUAGCUCGCUAGGUCCAACGCCGAGAGCAAACACCCCAUGUGGUCUCGAUCGAUCGCUAGCUCCUUGACGACCCCCCGCCCCAUACACCAUCGAUCCCCCGUCUCCCUCUUCCCCGCCUAUCCAUCCGCCCCCCCUCCCUAUCUGCUAGAAAGCCUAGCUAGAAGCUAACCCAGCUCAUCAGCAUCGUCGUUGCUCUUCUUCUUCUUCUUCUUCUUCUUCUUCUUCUUCUUCUUCGCUGCUAUAGCGGCUAGCAGCUGCUGCUGUUGCUGGUGGUACUCUACUGCUCUGCCAGUGUCGUCAAUCAGUGCGUACUACGUACGUACACAGCUGCUGCAAGGACGACAGCAAGAGUAGUAGGGACUGCUGCAGUACCUGCUGCUCCUUCAUCAUCUCCCCCCUCCCCCGUACGUGCUCAAGCACGCGAGUGGCUAUAUAUAUACAUAUAUAAGCUCUGUCGUCGUUCAGUCGACGCGAGGCGAGCGCUAGAUCGAAAAGAAGAAGACGAUGUGGGAGUCGGAGAGCGAGAGCCAUGCCGGCGAGCGCGGGCUCGUCCCCGUCGGCGGCGGCUCGUCGGGACGGCACGAGGCGCUCAAGAAUGACGGCUUCGUUCGGAGAGACCAGUCCUGGUAUGUUAACAGUGAUAUUCCCAGCGAUUUGCUUGUCAAAGUUGGAGAUGUCAGCUUCCAUCUUCACAAGUACCCGAUGAUCUCCCGGAGCGGGCGGAUGAGCCGCGCGAUCUACGAGACGGCGGCGUCGUCGUCGUCCACGGACCCGGCGGCGGCGGGCGACACGGCGGCGGCGGCCGUGGUGGUGGAUCUGCACGACGUCCCGGGCGGCGCGGGCUCGUUCGAGCUGGCGGCGCGGUUCUGCUACGGCAUGGCGGUGGACCUGACGGCGGGCAACAUCUCGGGCCUCCGCUGCGCCGCCGAGUACCUGGAGAUGACGGAGGACCUGGAGGAAGGCAACCUCAUCUUCAAGACGGAGGCGUUCCUCAGCUACGUGGUGCUGUCGUCGUGGCGGGACUCCAUCGUGGUGCUCAAGACCUGCGAGGGCCUCUCGCCAUGGGCCGAGAACCUGCAGAUCGUGCGCCGAUGCAGCGAGUCCAUCGCAUGGAAGGCCUGCGCCAACCCUCGCGGCGUGCGGUGGGCGUACACCGGCGGCGCCAGUGGUGGUGCAGGGGCGACUGCCGGUGGUGGUGGUGGUGGGAGGCCGCCCCGGGCCGGCGGCGGCGCGGCGAGCCCCCGGUGGAACCUCGGCGGCGGGGACUCCAAGGAGUCGAGCCCCGGCAGGCAGCAGGCCGUGCCGCCGCCGGACUGGUGGUUCGAGGACGUGUCCGUGCUCCGGAUCGACCACUUCGUGCGCGUCGUCACCGCCAUCAAGGUCAAAGGCAUGCGGUUCGAUCUGAUCGGCGCGUCCAUCACCCACUACGCGUCGAAAUGGCUGCCGGGGCUCACCAAGGACGGGCCACACGGCGGCGCGCUGGACGAGCCGUGGGCUCAGGCGCAGGCGUCCCCGGGCGGCGGGCUCCACAUGAUCAUCGCCAGCGGCAGCGGCGGCGGCGGCGGUGGUGGCGGCGGCAGGGACGACACCACGGCGAGCGCGCCGGCGCGGGAGCAGCGGAUGGUGGUGGAGAGCCUGAUCAGCAUCAUCCCGCCGCAGCGGGACAGCGUCUCCUGCGGCUUCCUCCUCCGCCUGCUCCGCCUGGCCAUCAUGCUCAAGGCGGCGCCGGCGCUGGUGACGGAGCUGGAGAAGCGCGUGGGCAUGCAGCUGGAGCAGGCCGUGCUGGCCGACCUGCUCAUCCCGUCCUACGGCCGCGCCGACACCGCCUACGACGUCGACCUCGUGCAGCGCCUCGUCGAGCACUUUCUGGUGCAGGAGCAGACGGAGCUGCUGAUGGCGUCGUCGUCCAGCCCCCCCGGCCGCGCCGGGGACCACCAGCCGUCGUCGGUGCUGCCCGAGUACUACGGCGCCAGGACGGCCGCCGCCGCGUCGGCGUCGGCCGGGCUGAACGCCAAGGCACGCGUCGCCCGGCUCCUCGACAGCUACCUCUCCGAGGUGUCCCGCGACCGUAACCUGUCCCUGACCAAGUUCCAGGUGCUGGCCGAGUCGCUCCCGGAGUCGGCGCGCACCUGCGACGACGGCCUCUACCGCGCCGUCGACUCGUACCUCAAGGCGCACCCGACGCUGACGGAGCACGAGCGGAAGCGUCUGUGCAGGGUGAUGGACUGCCAGAAGCUGUCGCUGGACGCGUGCAUGCACGCGGCGCAGAACGAGCGGCUGCCGCUGCGGGUGGUGGUGCAGGUGCUCUUCUCGGAGCAGGUGAAGAUCAGCAACGCGCUGGCGGCCAGCGCGUCCUCCUCCUCCGCCGCCGCCGCGGCGCUUCUGGGCAGCAGCAACAACAACAAAGCGGCGGACGCCGUCAUGGUGGCGCCGCCGACGCGGCGGCAGAUGCUGGACGGCACGCCGCAGUCGUUCCAGGAAGGGUGGGCGGCGGCGAAGAAGGACAUCAACACGCUCAAGUUCGAGCUGGAGAGCAUGAAGGCCAAGUACCUGGAGCUGCAGCACGAGAUGGAGACGCUCCAGAAGGUGGUGGAGCGCGGCGGCGGCGGCGGCGGCGCGCCGUCGCCCGCGGUGGGGGCCAAGGCCACCGGCGGGGUUGGUGUCGUUGGAAAGAACCAGAGCCAGGGGCCCUCGGCGUGGAGCAGCGGGUGGAAGAAGCUGGGCAGGCUGGCCAAGAUGAGCGGCGGCGACGGGGCGGGGCAGGACGGCCACGUGCCCGGAGAGACGCCGAGGAAGCCGCGGAGGUGGAGAAACUCCAUCUCGUGAGCAGAAGCGAGCAGAGCCGGAGCCCGGAGCACAUCAGCUUCGUUCGUAGCGAGGCAGAGUAGGGGGGAGACGGCCGGGCGGCCUAAGUAACUUGUAGCAGCACCCAUUUUCAUGCAUGCAGUAGAGUUCUCAUGGAGUUUUUUCGAGAUUGGAACCAAACCACAAGGCAUAGUGACCUCUUCUCUUUCCGCUGUGCUGCAUCUGCAUUUGCCAUGUUGACAUCUGUUGUUUAAGAAGAGGGUUAAAACGCCGGCGAUGGAAACAGGCCAGGGCCUCAACCUCAACCAUGCAAA